AUGUCACUUCAAGAUCAGCUGAAGCUUGCCAAGGAGAAGCUCAAGCCAACGACUACUGUAGUGCUGCUUGAGGAUGGCGAAGAGGUCACAGAGCACAGGAACGAAUCUGGCGAAUUUGUACGUGAUUCAGCAGAAGAUGAAGGGGAUCUUGCAGUCAAAGGUAUCUCCAACAGAAGACGGAAAAAAGUAGAACAUGCUGCUAGAAUGGGUUUGUAUAUAGACUUGGAGCCAGAUUUACAGCUCGCAAACAUCUGCCCAGGCGUUUAUCUUGGUAUGAAGUCAAGAUGUUGCCAACGAUCUGCCGAUACUCACGUCGAAGGAAUCACCCACAUAGCGAAUGUGGCCACAGGCGUUCCAAAUCACUUCCCUACCAAAUUCGUUUAUCUCCGUUUGGAUGUGCUGGACCUACCAUGGACAGAUAUUGUGCAGGAUUUCCCUACAGUGCACGAAUUCAUGAAAAAUUGUGUCGACAACGGAGGGAAG